AUGUAUGAUUCUGCUACUCCUGCACCACUGAACUUGCGGUACAGUUAUAAUGCGAUUUUCAGCGACAUUUGCAAGACUAGGUUCAAUUACCUAGCCACGCGACUGCUGUUGACAUUGAGCGUUGUGUCGGGAGCGGCAGUGACGAUUAUGGGGCGGUGGGACAUAAACACCUGGGAGCGGAUGCUUUUGUUUCCGGUUAAGGCGUUGUUGGUAUACUUUGCGCUACUGCUGGUGAUCAUCACACGGAAAAACUACCUGCAUGUGCAGUUUCUGGGGUAUUCGAAUACCAUCACGUUCGUGUAUGGGGAAUUUUUCUCGCUGAAGUUUGUAUUAUACCAGAUCACACACAUCGUAAGCGGUCUUUUAAUAUCCCUGUCGCUAAGUGGUGUUCUCUACGAUUCCAAGCACAGCAUUCCAGUGCUUUACCGGCGGUUAAAUGAGUGGAUGUUGGUGCCUCUGAUAUACACUGUGCAACAUCUUGCGUUUGACCUGGGGCGCCUGUCGUUUAAUUACGGGCACCAUCGCCAGAGCUGUCAGGCGUUUAUUUUGUCACGGACGCGUGACUCCUUUGUGAAGUGCUGCGUAUUAACCGCCGCAACUUUUGUGCUGCAGCCCGUGGUUUACUUCAUGUUGACCACGAAACUUUCGGUUGGGUUCCUUGCUUACAUACAGACUACGAUACUUGCAUUCAUCACCUUCCAGCUGUGGGAUCUCACGAACAUCGCGUUCAAUGCAUAUCUUUCCAUCGGCUGUUUACACAAAGGGAAGCCGAUCUCCUCCCUCUCGUCUACGCCUAUGGAAACUCUGGUGACAGGUCUGAACUCCAAACGCAUGUUCACUAGAUUGACCGCAUUCCAGGAACUAUCGUACCGUGCUACGUCGCCAGAGGUACAGAUGAGGCUGCCAAUAUACCACACCCGCUAUGGGAAUUCUCAUAUAUGGACCAACAUAUUGCGUGAAUGUCUUGUGACCAUCCAGGAGAGCAAUAAAAACAUUGCUGACUUUUUGAAAAGCCUCGAGCAGUCCAAGGAAACAUUCUCCUCGGCAAAACAGAUGAACUUUUCGCCACUUUCACAGGAUGAUGUUCUUUUUGGAAACCAGCCUGCAUUGUCUACGGCAGCUUAUCCACAGGCACACCUCCCCACACCUAGCCAGCGUCUCAAUAAGGAUCCACUGGAUUCUGGUGCAGGUGUUGCUGCUGCGCGCUACUUCCCAGGACAGUCUGCUCGGCAAUUUAUCCAGCCUGCGCAUUCUUACAAUCCACCGAUAUUUACACAGCAGCCGAGCAUGCUACAUCUUGUUCAAGAUGUAGCGAAUUACCUCACUAAGUUCCUUGUAUCCUUUUUUUUUCCAGGCCAGGCGAACGCUUCUGGUUCCAAACGUCCGCUAUCCUUUUUUGAGCUGUGGACUAUAUCCAAGAAGCAUCAAGCCGAAAAGCUGAUUCCUCUACCGAGCUGCUAUGCGGAGUGUGUUAUUGCCCUAAUGGGUAUGUUGAUCAACUCAUUAGAUGAAGAUCCCAAAGGAAGCGUAGUAUCAUCCGUCGGAGAGGUACUGAAAAUACUCGAAAGAUCAGUGGGCUCCCUGGGUACUUUUGUGGAAUGGGAACUACCUUCCUCCUCAGACUCAGGACCGGACGCCAUAUCAGUUCUCUAUGAUCUAACUAUUAAUGUGUUCCUUGAAAUUGUGCUGAAAUAUAACGAGCUCUUAAAUGAUGUCUAUCUUGAUGACGAUGUCGUCAAGUUGAGCCAAUGGGUACUUCAAACGUGUAAUGAAUAA